GCAGCAGCAGCAGCCUGCCCGGGAGCGCUCGGCACGGUGCUGAGACCCGGGCAGCCGCAGGCAUGCUGGGCGCCGCGGAUGAGAGCUCGGUGCGCGUGGCUGUCAGAAUAAGACCACAGCUUGCCAAAGAAAAGAUUGAAGGAUGCCAUAUUUGUACAUCAGUCACACCAGGAGAGCCUCAGGUCUUUCUAGGGAAGGACAAGGCAUUUACCUUUGAUUAUGUGUUUGACAUCGACUCUCAGCAGGAGCAGAUCUACACUCAGUGCAUUGAAAAACUAAUUGAAGGCUGUUUUGAAGGAUACAAUGCUACAGUUUUUGCAUAUGGACAAACCGGAGCAGGGAAGACAUACACAAUGGGAACAGGAUUUGACGUCAACAUCAUGGAGGAAGAGCAGGGAAUCAUUUCUCGUGCAGUUAAACACCUUUUCAAGAGUAUCGAAGAAAAAAAAACCACAGCGAUUAAAAAUGGGGUUCCUCCUCCUGAAUUUAAAGUGAAUGCCCAAUUCUUAGAGCUCUAUAAUGAAGAGGUCCUUGACUUGUUUGAUACCACUCGGGAUAUUGAUGCAAAAAAUAAAAAAUCAAAUAUAAGAAUUCAUGAAGAUUCAACUGGAGGAAUUUAUACUGUGGGAGUCACAACGCGCACUGUGAAUACAGAACCAGAGAUGAUGCAGUGUUUGAAGCUGGGUGCUCUGUCCCGCACCACGGCUAGUACCCAGAUGAACGUCCAGAGCUCUCGUUCACAUGCCAUUUUUACCAUUCAUGUGUGUCAAACCAGAGUGUGUCCCCAAACAGAUGCUGAGAAUGCAACCGAUAACAAGAUGAUUUCUGAAUCGUCGCAGAUGAAUGAAUUUGAAACUCUGACUGCCAAGUUUCAUUUUGUUGAUCUGGCCGGAUCAGAAAGAUUGAAAAGAACCGGGGCUACCGGCGAGAGGGCGAAAGAGGGUAUUUCCAUCAACUGUGGGCUGUUGGCUCUUGGGAAUGUCAUCAGUGCUUUGGGUGACAAGAGCAAGAGGGCCACCCAUGUCCCCUACAGAGAUUCCAAGCUGACGAGACUCCUGCAGGAUUCCCUUGGGGGUAACAGCCAAACAAUCAUGAUAGCGUGUGUCAGCCCUUCAGACAGAGAUUUUAUGGAGACACUAAACACUCUGAAAUAUGCCAACCGAGCGAGAAAUAUCAAGAACAAGGUGAUGGUCAAUCAAGACAGAGCGAGUCAGCAAAUCAAUGCCCUCCGAAGUGAGAUCACACGACUUCAGAUGGAGCUCAUGGAGUACAAAACAGGCAAAAGAAUCAUUGACGAGGAGGGUGUGGAGAGCAUCAAUGACAUGUUUCACGAGAACGCUAUGCUGCAGACUGAAAAUAACAACCUGCGUGUAAGAAUAAAAGCCAUGCAAGAGACUGUGGAUGCGCUGAGGGCCAGAAUCACACAGCUUGUCAGUGAUCAGGCCAAUCAGGUUCUUGCCAGAGCAGGUGAAGGGAAUGAAGAGAUUAGUAAUAUGAUUCAUAGUUACAUCAAAGAAAUUGAAGAUCUCAGGGCAAAACUAUUAGAAAGUGAAGCAGUGAAUGAGAACCUUCGAAAAACCUUGACCAGAGCCACAGCAAGAUCACCGUAUUUCAGUGGGUCGUCAGCUUUCUCUCCCACCAUACUGUCUUCAGACAAAGAAACUAUUGAAAUUAUAGAUCUAGCCAAGAAAGAUUUGGAGAAGCUAAAAAGGAAAGAGAAGAAGAAGAAGAAAAGUGUGUCUGGGAAGGAGGAUAAUGCAGACACUGACCAGGAGAAGAAGGAAGAGAAGGGCGUUUCAGAGAAAGAAAACAAUGGUUUAGAAGUGGAAGAGAAUCAAGAAGUGAGUGAUCAUGAGGAUGAGGAGGAAGAGGAGGAAGAGGAAGAUGAAGAAGAGGAUGACAUUGAAGGAGGAGAAAGUUCUGAUGAAUCUGACUCUGAAUCAGAUGAGAAAGCUAACUAUCAAGCCGACUUAGCAAAUAUCACGUGUGAAAUUGCCAUUAAGCAGAAGCUGAUUGAUGAGCUGGAGAACAGCCAGAAACGUCUGCAGACGCUGAAAAGGCAGUAUGAGGAGAAGCUGAUGAUGCUGCAGCAUAAGAUCCGGGACACACAGCUGGAAAGAGACCAGGUGCUGCAGAACUUAGGCUCAGUGGAGUCGUACUCAGAAGAAAAGGCAAAGAAAGUGAAGUGUGAAUAUGAAAAGAAGCUCCACGCCAUGAACAAAGAGUUGCAGAGACUGCAGACAGCCCAGAAGGAGCAUGCCAGGCUGCUCAAAAACCAGUCCCAGUACGAAAAACAGCUAAAGAAACUGCAGCAGGACGUCAUGGAGAUGAAGAAAACGAAGGUUCGUCUAAUGAAGCAAAUGAAAGAAGAACAAGAGAAAGCCAGGCUGACAGAAUCCAGAAGAAACAGGGAAAUUGCUCAGCUGAAAAAGGAUCAACGCAAAAGAGAUCAUCAACUUAGACUUUUAGAAGCCCAGAAAAGAAAUCAAGAAGUAGUUCUGCGACGCAAAACUGAAGAGGUUACAGCUCUCCGUCGGCAAGUAAGACCCAUGUCUGAUAAAGUAGCCGGGAAAGUCACUCGGAAGCUGAGCUCAUCUGACGGCUCUGUCCAGGACGUGGGUUCCAGUACAGCUGCAGGGGAAGCAGAGGCAUCAAGGGCAGGCACCCAGCAGAAAAUGAGAAUUCCUGUGGCAAGGGUCCAGGCGUUACCAACACCCACGACAAACGGAACCAGGAAAAAAUAUCAGAGGAAAGGAUUGACUGGGAGGGUGUUCACUUCCAAGACAGCCCGCAUGAAAUGGCAGCUGCUUGAACGUCGGGUAACUGACAUCAUCAUGCAGAAAAUGACCAUUUCCAACAUGGAGGCCGACAUGAACAGACUCCUCAGGCAACGGGAAGAACUCACAAAAAGGCGAGAGAAACUUUCAAAGAGGAGAGAGAAGAUAGUGAAAGAGAGUGGAGACGGAGAUAAAAAUGUGGUUAACAUCAGUGAAGAGAUGGAGUCCCUAACUGCGAAUAUAGAUUACAUCAACGAUAGUAUUGCUGACUGUCAGGCUAACAUCAUGCAGAUGGAGGAAGCCAAGGAAGAAGGUGAGACAUUGGAUGUCACUGCUGUCAUUAAUGCCUGCACACUUACUGAAGCUCGGUACCUGCUGGAUCACUUCCUGUCAAUGGGCAUCAAUAAGGGUCUUCAGGCUGCGCAGAAAGAGGCCCAAAUUAAAGUCCUGGAAGGUCGACUCAAACAAACCGAAAUCACCAGUGCCACGCAAAACCAGCUCUUAUUCCACAUGUUAAAGGAGAAAGCCGAGUUAAACCCUGAGCUGGAUGCUUUACUAGGCCCUGCUUUGCAAGAUCUAGAUAGCGCCCCGCAAGAAAAUGAAGAGGACAGUAGUGAUGAGGAUGCACCUUUACACAGCCCGGGGUCAGAGGGAAGCACACUGUCUUCAGACCUGAUGAAACUUUGUGGCGAAGUGAAACCGAAGAACAAGGCCCGAAGGAGAACCACCACUCAGAUGGAGUUGCUGUACGCAGAUAGCAGUGAACUAGCCUCAGACACUAGUGCAGGAGACGCCUCCUUGCCGGGCUCUCUUACACCUGCUGCAGAAGGGCAAGAGAUUGGAAUGCACACAGAGACAAGUGGUACUUCCGCUAGGGACAAAGAGCUGCUUCCCCCAUCUGGCUUACCUUCUAAGAUAGGCAGCAUUUCCAGACAGUCUUCUCUAUCAGAAAAAAAAAUGCCAGAGCCUUCCCCUGUAACAAGGAGGAAGGCCUAUGAGAAAGCAGACAAGCCAAAGGCCAAGGAGCAGAAACACUCGGAUUCUGGUGCUUCCGAGGCUAGCCUCUCACCUCCCUCCUCCCCACCAAGCCGGCCCCGUAACGAACUGAACGUGUUUAAUCGUCUUACUGUUUCUCAGGGGAACACGUCAGUUCAGCAGGAUAAGGGCAUCAUCAACCCAUUUCCUGCCUCCAAAGGACUCAGAACAUCUUCACUUCAGUGUGUUCACAUAGCUGAAGGGCACACGAAAGCUGUACUCUGUGUGGAUUCUACUGACGAUCUCCUCUUCACUGGAUCAAAAGAUCGUACUUGUAAAGUUUGGAACCUCGUGACUGGACAGGAAAUUAUGUCACUGGGGGUUCACCCUAACAAUGUUGUAUCUGUAAAAUACUGCAAUUAUACCAGUCUGGUCUUCACAGUGUCAACAUCUUAUAUUAAGGUGUGGGAUAUCAGAGAAUCAGCAAAGUGCAUUCGAACACUAGCAUCUUCGGGUCAAGUUACUCUUGGAGAAGCUUGUUCUGCAAGCACCAGCCGGACAGUAGCUAUUCCCUCUGGAGAGAACCAGAUCAACCAGAUUGCACUAAACCCGACUGGCACCUUCCUCUAUGCGGCCUCUGGGAACGCUGUCAGGAUGUGGGACCUUAAAAGGUUCCAGUCUACAGGAAAGCUAACUGGACACCUGGGCCCUGUUAUGUGCCUUACUGUAGACCAGAUCUCCAAUGGACAAGAUCUAAUCAUCACUGGCUCAAAGGACCACUACAUCAAAAUGUUUGAUGUGACUGAAGGGGCUCUUGGAACUGUAAGUCCCACCCACAACUUUGAGCCUCCCCAUUAUGACGGGAUAGAAGCACUGACCAUUCAAGGGGAUAACCUCUUCAGUGGGUCCAGGGACAAUGGAAUCAAGAAAUGGGACUUGGCUCAGAAAGGGCUUCUUCAGCAAGUCCCAAAUGCACACAAGGACUGGGUCUGUGCCCUGGGCCUGGUGCCAGGCCACCCGGUUUUGCUCAGCGGCUGCAGAGGCGGCAUUCUGAAACUCUGGAACGUGGAUACUUUUGUGCCAGUGGGAGAGAUGAGAGGCCACGACAGUCCCAUCAAUGCCAUAUGUGUUAAUUCCACCCACAUUUUCACUGCAGCCGAUGAUCGGACUGUGAGAAUCUGGAAGGCCCACAAUUUGCAAGAUGGUCAAAUCUCUGACACAGGAGAUCUGGGGGAAGAUAUCUGCAGUAAUUAAACAAGAGUGGAGAUAAGCAUAAACUGACACUGUGAUGAUGCUCUGUGUUCUUUAUUGAAGAUGAUGUCCUACACUUAUUAUUAAUGGAAUCAACUGGAAAUAUAUCUGAACCCAUCUGCUAGAUAAAGUGUAUUCUAAUAAAACUGUACUGUCUUAUAUGUGUAAUAUUAAUAUCUACCAACACAUAUGCUUCUUACAAUUGAUGUGUUGCUUGAAUCGUACUUUUACUGUGGCUGGAUUUUUGUGCCUAGCUAUAAAAGAGAUACUUUCAAAUUAUUUGAGUUCUAAGAUGUCUGCUCUUGCAACAGUAAGAAGCAUACCCGGAGUAAAACACUCCUCCCUGUUAACUCACUCAGAUGUGUUCACAUAACUUACGCAGUUAAACAUACAUUGGGACUGUUAACCAGGCUGUAGUCUGCUCUUCAGGAGUUUUGUCAGUCUGUAAGGGGUUCCAAAUUUCAAGCUCUUUCAAUGUAAUGGGAUAAUAAAAUUUGGAAACUGUUAUCGAUUUCUCAUAAUUGGCCUUAGUCUGCUAAGAAAGAUGACAGUUUGUGCUAAAAUGCUCAUGUUUACCUGUAUUGACCAAAGCUUUCAGUUGUUCUCCAUUCUGUGCUCAGGACUGAAAAGGCGCAGAACUGUUGCGUUUUUAGUGCUGGGCCUGGAUUCCGUGACAGCAAGCUGUUGAUUUCCUAACAGAAAGAUAUUUUGAUCUAUUUUCCUAUGGAAUUGUUUCUAUUAUUAUCUUUUAAUUUCUUUUUAUUUAAUAGUAAUAGCUCCUUUCUCUUUCCUCUGAUUUUUAUAUGCUGCUAAAUAUAUUUUAAAUAUACUGUGUUUGCACACAUUGGUAGACUUUUAUCAUUUGUGGUGGGAAACAAUGUAAAUAGGUAGAUUGUAAAGAGAGACUAUCUUGCAUUAUGACUGUAUGAAUUUCUAAAUGCUGUUUGAUUGGGUUUUGUUAAAGGAUGUAUAAUUUAUCUGUCUGCUCAGAAUAUUAAUUUGUAAAUUCUGCAAGUUUAAUUUUGUGCAAUGGUAUAACUUUUGAAAUUAUCGUCUUGUGUUAUUUUUU